UUAUUGUCCUUAUAGCAACUGGACAUAGACUGUUAAUGUCUUAUUUUUGUAGUUAAACACUUUGAGAAGUAAAGAAAACUUGCGCGAGGCGUUAGCGGAGACGGCUAUUAGUUGCUGGUUUCAGUGCCACAUCGUCACUAACUCCCAGCAGGACCUCGGGGUUGACUUCUGAAUUUCGUUCUGAAGAGGCGUCGUCCUCCAGUUGAGUCCAGAGAGAAUGAGAGGAGGAAACUGAACACCAGAGGCUUCCACUGUGUUUGAAUAACGUGAUUUGAUCAGUCAUGAAUCGACAGGAGGAAGAGGAGGGUCUGGCCAUCAAAAGGUCAAAGGAAGUGGACGUGUUCACCUCUGUGUGUUGUCUGGGCUACUUGUCCAGCAUCAACCUCCUUGUGGGAGUAUGUGUUGGCAUGUACGUGCGCUGGGAGGUGGCAGGUGAACAGAUGAUUCUAGUUAUCUUCCUCCUGGGCCUUUUUGUCCUGGGAAUUGCAAGUAUUCUCCAUUACUACUUUGCCAUGGAGAAAGCCAGCCUGAGCUUGUUCCAUUUGUGGUUUGGCUUUCUUCUCGGACUCCUGUGCUUCCUUAACAGCCCCGCUUUAGGAUCAAACGUCAAAGAACUCGUCGCCAACUAUCUCCUUGUAGCCAGUGUGGUCAUGAAAGCAUUGUGGGCAAUAACUGAGCGCAUAUGCAGCUAUGUUCCCUACAAACCCACCUUCCUGACAUCAGCAGAAUGGCUUGAGCUCCUGGGGUUUGGGAUUGCCAGCACUACUAUGCCUUUUCAGAUGUCAGUGGCUAUAAUUUGCUUGGUAGUGGCACUGGGGGCUCUGAUGGUGGACCUGAGGAUGAAAUCCCUUCUAGCUUUGCCCAACCUGAUCAGUUUUGCGUUGAUCACUUCCCUUGUGUUUUUCCAGGCGUUAGGCAUCCCAGCAAACUAUUACGCUUUAGGCUGCUACCUGGGCAGACUUCUUUGUGAGCCUGUCUUGGAUGUGUACUUUAGUGGCCUGGGACCAAGUGAGCGCUGGAUGCCGAUGCUCUCUCUGGGGAAGGUGUGGAGGAGACUGUCGCUGUUUCCUCUCUGCCUAAUGGAGCUGGCCUUCUUUGUCCUGGCUGCCUUGAAGCUUGGCCACUUGGAGCUGUGGUAUCUCGUCAUCCCAGGUUUCUGUCUGUUUGGCCUAUUCUGGGCCAUCUGCCAUAUCAUUUUGCUGAUCACUAUUUGGGGCUUUCACACCAAGUUAACUGAUUGCCAGAAGGCUUGGCGAGCCCAUCCCUCAAGCAGACGGAGUCUGGACCAAGUCAUGGCCUCACGAGGCAUCCGUCACUUCUGCCUCAUCUCGGAACGCCUGGUGUUCUUCAGCAUACUGUCAACAGUGAUACUCGGGGCUGUGUCCUGGCAGCCCUCCAACGGUCUCUUUCUUGGUGCUCUGCUGGUGGUCCUGCCCUUGGAGUCUCUUGCCCACAGCUUGUUCCAUGAGCUGGGCAGCUGCCUGGGGGGAACCUGUGCUGGUUAUGCACUCGUCAUACCAACCACCUACUCCAGUGCCAAUGGACAGCCCAGUCUUUUGCCACCAGAGCAUGUGCAGGAGUUGAAUGUGCGCUCCACCGCAAUGCUGAACAACAUGCAGCGCCUCUUCUCCCACCACAUGAUCCAGACAUUUGGCUGUGACUACUCAACCAGCGGCGUCACCCUGGAGAUCGUGCAGAACAAGAUCCGAAGCUUAUUGGAGCUCCGAACAGAAGACGGGCCACGUCAUGACACAUAUUUGAUUUUCUACAGUGGACAUACACACAAAGGCUCUGGAGCCUGGGCUCUGGCUGGAGGUGAGAUGCUCCACCUUGCCCAGUUGAUUGAGAUGUGGAAGGAGAAGAACGCCGGCCACGGCUCCAGACUCAUUGUCGUCCUGGACACACAGAACUCCCUCCCUUGGGUCAAAGAAGUACGACGGGUGGAGGGCAUCUACAUGGCGGUGCAAGGUGCUGAAUUGUCUGCGUCCAAUCUCGAUCCAGAGUCUGGAAAUGUGCCUUUGCUUGGCGACUUCACCUCUGAGUGGGUGGAGUUUAACUGCAACCCAAACAGCGACACCCAGUGGUCUGACAAAGAAAGGACUGGGACGGCCAUGUACGGGGUGUCUAAACGCUGGAGCGACUACACCCUACACCUUCCCACAGGAAGUGACGUGGCCAAACACUGGAAGACCCACUUCCCCAAAGCUACAUAUCCUUUAGUCUACCUUUCCAACUGGUGCUGUGGCCUCAACCUGUUCUGGCUGUGCAGCGUGUUUCUGCGCUGCUUCAGGAGGUGUAAGCUAGCCUGGUUUCCUCCAGCUGUACUGGACACCGGACAGGGCAUCAAACUGGUGCACUCAUAGUAGCAUGUUUGCUACAACUCAUUUAUAAUAAGCAGCUAGGCUAUUCCACCGGGGAUUUACAUAAGAUUAUUAUAUACAGAUGCAUCAAAUAGGGAAUAAAUUAGUUUUUGUUAUGUUAUUAUUGUGGGAAAAGUAUUUUCUGUUCAUGCAAAAUUCCUUUUAAUUUAGGUAAAUCCUAACUGGGGAAGAAAUAUUUUUAAACACUAAUAUUAUUUCUUGUCUUUAUUUUUGUCAUUUGUCAGACAAAAGAAAAAAACACUAAAUCUGAAGGAUAUUUGAAACUUUAGUCAUAGUGCCAUUAUUUAUACCGUAUCGCCUCUAUUGCAGGAUUUAGCAUUAUCAGGUGUGUUUUUUUUGGUACUGGCCAUAAAGUCAUUCCAAAGCCUUUCUACAGCAGACAUGAAGUGGAUCAAUGAUGUCAGAUCUUGCUCACCAAAGUGUGUUUAUUUACUUAUUGCUAGAAUUUAUGAAGAUGCUUUGGCUGUUUGUACGGAAACAUAAAGCUGCCACCCACGCAAAAUAAAAUGAGAGCGAUAUCAUGUAACAACAUGAUAUUGCUAAUUUUAUUUUGUUUGGGUGGCAGUUCUGUGUUUGUAGCGUUGUGCCAAAAUAUUUAUUUACUCAAAUUCGUAACCAGACAAGUCUUGUGUGCUACAAAAAUCCAGUUUAGUUGGGUUUUCUUUUGCCAUUUUUAUUGUCCACUGUGAAAGUUGACUAACUUUUGUUUUAUUUUAUGUUUUGUCUUUCUUUAUUUGUCUAUGCUGCCUUUGCUAGUUUGAUUCCUAUGUUUUCAGUGAUAUAACACAAGUUGAAUCAUUAAACUCAUAAAAGCUGU